GGUGCAAGUUGAAUUCUAUAUGAAUGAAAAUACAUUUAAAGAGAGACUAAAGCUGUUCUUCAUCAAAAACCAAAGAUCAAGUCUGAGAAUACGAUUAUUCAAUUUUUCUCUCAAGCUACUAAGCUGUUUCUUAUACAUAGUUCGUGUGCUCCUGGAUGAUCCUGCACAAGGACUUGGAUGUAAGGAAUUAAACCGGAGUUGUUCCAGUCAAAACUACACACCUGGAACGAUUGACUGGUCUCCUAUUAUUUGGGUGAAUCGAAGCUUGCCUUUAUGGGGAUUACAGGUUUCUGUGGCUUUAAUAAGUCUCUUUGAAACUGUGCUGCUGAGUUAUCUCAGCUACAAGGGAAAUAUCUGGGAACAAAUUCUGAGAAUACCGUUUCUUCUGGAAAUAAUUAAUGCUGUCCCGUUCAUCAUCACGAUUUUCUGGCCAGUCCUAAGAAACCUGUUUAUUCCUGUAUUUUUAAAUUGUUGGCUGGCAAAGCAUGCCUUAGAGAAUAUGAUUAAUGAUCUUCACAGAGCCAUCCAACGCACACAGUCUGCAAUGUUUAACCAAGUCCUCAUUUUAAUAUCUACCUUACUAUGUCUUAUCUUCACUUG